GUGAGCUGAGCCGAACAGUCCAUAAAUCGAUGAUGAUCAGAUGCGGUGCUGAUCCCAAAUCAAAUCACAGUCCGAGGAUGUGGAUGACGAAUGCUGGGAUGUCUGUAACUUUUUUAUUGUGCAAAUCACACAUUCCGUGGAUUUAGAAGCACUAAUACUACUACUAUUAGUAAUAAUAACGGACCACUUAAAGAGGAAAUUAUGGGAUUCGCCCAGGCCCUCUCCGCCUGCGCGCCGCUGCCACCACCACCACCACCACUGCAUCAAAAGAGUAGCAGUGUUCCCACAUGGCAUUUUUCAAGCUUCACUGCUUCUCCUCGCCACUCCCAAUUCAACAACUUGUACCAAGAACAUGAAGAAUUAGGGUUCAAGAAGCAGAAGAAGAAGAAGAAGAAGAAGGAGAAUCACAAUAGCAUUCUGGAAAGUCAUCGUCCCGUACAAGAACUGCUCCAACGCAUACCCAAUAUAAAAGAGAAGAAGUACGAGAUGGAAAAGUUUGCGACGAAUCCCAGUCCCUCGAUUUCGUCUCCCAUUUUAGUACUAGAAGAGGUGGCGACAAGGGCGGAAAGGAGGGAGAGCGCAAGCCAACAGGAGAGGACGAGGAGGGAUUGGAUGUGGGAUGGCCUAAGCCAGAAGAAGAAGAAGAAGAAGAUAGCGGUGGUCCUGUUGUCUGCAAGGGGAUAGCAAAAGGGACUAGGAGGAGGCAAAUCAUGAAGAGGUCCACUAUGAUCGCCAAGCAAGUUAUCAGCAUUCAAUCCGCCCUCUCC